GUUCCUGUUCGGCCUAGCUCCCGCUCGGUGUAACAUUCUCCCGGUAUCUCCCCCCUCCCCCCCCCCCCCGGGUGGUUCCUGUCUGCCCGGUCCGGUCCCGGUGUCUCCCCCCCGGGGUGUGAAUGGCCGGCCGGUACCGGGAGUCCCGGGGUUUCGGUCCGUUUGUGGUGAGCCGGCUGCUGGCCCCCGUCCGGCCCGCCCAUGAUCUGCUCUGUGACAGCCGUGGACAGGCUGAGCCUCGCGGCCACCCGGAGAGACCUGGACAAACCGGAGGGAGAGACAGCGCAGGUCCCGGUAACAUUCGAUGACGUGGCUGCCUAUUUUUCGGAGGACGAAUGGAAAGAUUUGGAAGAAUGUCAGAAGGAGCUCUACAAAGAUAUGAUGAAAGAGAAUUAUGAAGCUCUGAUUUCUAUGGAGGAUGGUAGCGUGAGUGAUAAGGAAAGGCAGAACACAAAAUAUAACGAUAAACUGGAAAAUGUGGAGACCCCAUCUUUACCCAUCCUGGAACCUCCUCCAGAGUGCCCACAGCUGGAUAAUGGGUGCAAAAAUGAGGCCACACCAAGCAGAUCACAUGACAACUUAACGGGGAGCAAAGUGGAUGAUGGGCCUGCCAUUCCAGAAGGCUUUAGUCCCCUUAAUAACUCAUCUGAUUCAGUGAAAGAUGAUGGGGAUAAGCUUUACCAGUGCACGCAGUGUGGGAAGAACUUUCGAAAGAGGGAUAGCCUAAAACGUCAUCUGCAAACCCACACCGGGGAACGACCGUACAACUGUAUAGAAUGCGGCAAAAGCUUCAUCCAGAAGCAGCAUCUCGUGACCCAUCUGAGGACACAUACUGGGGAGAGACCGUACAAAUGUGAAGAGUGUGGAAAGAGCUUGAGCACUAAUGAGCGGCUGAAGAUUCAUCAGCGAAUUCACACAGGUGAAAGGCCCUACAAGUGUGAUGAUUGUGGCAAAAGCUUCAGAGCUCACAGAGUGCUAAAAGUCCACCAACAGACCCACACAGGAGAAAGGAUUCACAAGUGUGAAGAAUGUGGUAAGCGUUUCCGGCACAAGCAGACCCUUUUGGCUCACCAGAGAAGCCACACCGGAGAGACCACCUAUAAUUGUAGUGAGUGUGGAGAGAGUUUUCGAACAUUUAAACAUCUCAAGUUCCACCAAAAGCUCCAUCGAGGGGAGAAACCACACGAAUGUGAGGACUGUGGGAAAGGGUUCAGAAAAAGAGAACACCUGAGACGUCAUCAACAGAUCCACACUGGUGAACGCCCCUUUUCUUGUGAAGAAUGUGGUAAAGGCUUUAUUCAGAAGCAUCACCUUGUGAGGCACCAGAGAACUCACACAGGAGAGAGACCCUACAGUGUGGUAAUUGUGGAGGAGUUCCCCUACUCAAAUUCCUCAACUGGUUCCUGCAGGGGAAGUCCCCACAUCUGUAGUGAAUGUGGCAAAAGUUUUACUACCUAUGAGCACUUGAAACGCCACAACCGUAUACAUACCGGGGAGCGACCUAAUAAGUGUGCAGAUUGUGGGAGAACCUUCAAGUCUCAGAAGCUUCUAAAAGCCCAUAAACAGGCCCAGGAUGAUGAGACGGGGCUCUGCAGAGACGAUGACAGUGAAAACAGUGAGAGCCCGCGGGGUGGCCCUGGUGAGAAGCCAUUUGAGUGUGGAGAAUGUGGGAAAAUGUUCCGCUUUCUCAAGCACUUGAAGUUCCACCUGCACACACACACGGGUGAGAGGCCCUUUAAGUGUGAAUCUUGUCAGAAGACAUUCAGGAAGCGAGACUGUCUGAAACGGCAUCAGCAGAUCCACACUGGAGAGAGGCCCUUCACCUGCGCCGAUUGUGGCAAGGGGUUUAUUCAGAAGCAGCACUUGGUGAGACAUCAGCGAACGCACACAGGAGAGCGGCCUUAUAUUUGCAGUGAGUGUGGGAAAACGUUCAGCACCUGCGAACACUUGAAGAUACAUGGUCGAACCCACACCGGGGAGAAACCUUACAAGUGCAACGAUUGUGGACAGAGCUUCCGCAAGAGGGAAUACUUGAAGUGCCACCAGCAGACGCACACUGGCGAGAGACCCUUCACAUGCUCAGAGUGUGGGAAAAGCUUCAUCCAGAAACACCAUCUCAUUGCACAUCUACGGACCCACACUGGGGAACGACCGUACCAAUGCAAUGAUUGUGGUAAAACAUUCAGGCACAAGCAGAACCUGACCACACAUCAAAAGACCCACGGAAUUGGCUUGUGAGGGUCACAGGGUAGCACUACAAAGGCUUGUUACUCGAUCCAAUCCUGAGCGUUUCCUAAACUCUCUUGCACUCGUUUUUUUACUCCUGGAUCGUCCUGGAUCUGUAUUCUCAUUUUUCUGUUGGAUGAACGAGGCAUUUCGUCUGAUGAAAAUUGUUCAGUAAAGUCUGUCUUGUCAAGAAAAAAGGAGUUUGUGAAAUAAUGAUGGAUUUGAUGGAUUUGUGUCUUGUUUUCAUCCCUCUAGUACUGUGAUAUAAUAAUACCAUAUUUUGUGUUAUGGUCUCUUCGUACUUUAACAAAUGAGCCAAUCAAAAUCUAAUCCAAGGAGGUCGACAGAACAAAGGUUUAAAGGGGAAAUGAAAAACACGUUUCAUUUUAGAUCUGUGCCAAGCUUAAAAAAACUGAACUUUUUAAACUGUAUUAAUCUUCUUUCACUUGGAUAUGUUACUUUUUAUUUAAUCUAAGCUGAAUCCCCUGCUGCCAGUAUCCCUAAAUAACAAGACUGCUAAUCUUAAUGGGGGGACUGAUCCUUAGGUCACUGGCUCAAAUGGGCGCGUAAGACCGGGCUCAAAUCUGGCACCAAAUGGGCGCGUAUGUCCGAGCCAGAGACACAGAAAAUGGAAUUGGCAUCAGUGAACACGCCAGUCAGUAGUGCACAUUGCAGAAUCAGUGUCCAUUCUGAUUACAAAUUAGCUAUGCACUUAUGAAGUGAUUUAUUUUAUUGUUUAAGAUUUAAUCUUUUUUUUUUUUUUUUUUUAAUUAACAAACUGUAGGACGUCAUUAUUUUGCAGGCAAUAAUCCUGAAUCUUAGCCUCUGCCAAAAGUAUAUUAUGGCAGUUACGGAGGCAUGUAGAGGACAAUCACAGCUUGUUAUGAUAGUUACUGCUCUUCACUUUGCUACCAUAGAGAUGCAGCUGUUUGAGCUAGGGCGGCCUCGAUAUACAUUGCAGCUUGCAAACAUUAUGCUUUUAUGUGUCUGACUAGCGGUCUCCUGUGCCCGUCAUGGCUAAUAUUGGACUGCCAUUCAUUCUAAACCAUUAUUUAUUUCUCUCUCUCCCUCUGUCCCUGAUCUGUUUCUACAGAGCCCUCUGGUAGCGAUGACUGCUUCCCCAUAGCACUUUAUAAAGCUGAGCCCCACUAGCAAAUUCUGUAACCCCGCAAGAAGACAGAUUGAGCAAAAAAAAGAAAAGAAUACAUAGCUGUAUUUUGUUUUCUCAAAAAUACAAUUUAUGGGGUUUGAAAAUAUAUAUGUAUGUAUGUGUGUA